AUGGGUCAAGGCUAUUCUUUAACGACACUGUCGGCCGGCUCGGCCGGCAUCGAUGUCCCCGAGCUCUCCGACAUGGUGUAUGAGAAAUCCCUGGGUUCCGCCCGAUUCAUGAAAAGCAUCAGAGCUCGACAGCGAAAUGGUCUCGCAUUUGUCAAGGUUAUCAUGAAACCUUAUCCUUCCAUGCAGUUAGACCAUUAUGUCAAAGAAAUCACACGUGAAAGGGAACUGCUGGCCAGCGUCCCGAAUGCCCUCGCUUAUCAGCGAAUUAUUGAAACUGGAACUAGUGGAUAUUUGGUUCGCCAGUAUAUUCACAGUUCUUUAUAUGAUAGAUUAAGCACGCGACCCUUUUUGGAAGACAUAGAGAAGAAGUGGAUUGCUUUCCAACUACUGUGCGCACUUCGAGACUGCCACGCCCAAGAGGUUUUCCACGGAGACAUCAAAACAGAAAAUGUUCUUGUUACUUCUUGGAACUGGCUUUACCUAUCCGAUUUUUCAUCUUCAUUUAAACCGACCUUUCUCCCAGAGGAUAAUCCUGCCGAUUUCUCUUUUUACUUUGAUACUUCUGGUCGACGUACUUGCUAUCUCGCUCCCGAGAGAUUUCUAGAAGCAGGCGAGGAACCUGGUGAUAGACAAGUCAACUGGGCAAUGGACAUAUUCAGCGCUGGUUGCGUUAUCGCCGAACUUUUUCUUGAGGCUCCCAUAUUCACUCUCAGUCAGCUCUACAAGUACCGGAAAGGAGAGUAUAGCCCUGAACAUAGCCAGCUCUCUAAGAUUGAAGACUCUGAUGUCAGAGAGUUGAUACUUCACAUGAUUCAAAUCGACCCAGAAUCGAGGUACUCCGCAGAAGAAUAUUUGAACUUUUGGAGACAUAAAGUCUUUCCUGAUUAUUUCUACAGCUUCCUUCAUCAGUACAUGUCUCUCAUAACCGAGCCAGCACUAGUGAGGGCACAUGUAGAUGUUGAGACCGGGAAUUUUGGAGAAUCCGAUGAUCGAAUUGAUCGACUCUAUCUAGACUUUGACAAAAUAUCCUACUUUCUAGGGUCUACUCCGGUACCUGUCAAGGAUGGAUCAAAGUUGACAUCGGCAAACCUGAUCAACCAGGCUCUUCCGGUGCAGUUAGAUUUACCUAAUUCACAGCACGAGGCUUCGAAUCUGGAGCCUCAGGAGGGUGCUUUAAUUUUCCUAACAGUGGUCGUUUCAAAUCUAAGGAACACGUCCAAAGCAUCUUCGAAAGUCAAGGCCUGCGACUUGUUAUUGGCAUUUGCUGAACGACUUCCGGACGAAUCGAAACUUGACCGUAUUUUGCCCUAUGUGAUGACUAUGCUGAAUGAUCGAUCGGACGUGGUCAAAGUUGCUGCGAUACGCACUCUGGCACAACUUUUAUCAUUAGUUCAAGUUGUUUCGCCAGUCAACGCGUACAUCUUUCCGGAGUACAUCUUUCCCAGGUUGCAGCCAUUUGUUCCCGACUCUUCUUUUGACCCCAGCCCUAUGGUCCGAGCUGCCUAUGCGUCCUGUAUCUCCUCACUAGCGCAGUCGUCCCUUAGAUUCUUGGAUAUGAUCCAAGCUCUUCGGACCGAUACACGCCUGCGAUCAGUCAUACCAGCUGGCUCUGAAGCUGAUUGGACCGAAGAGGCAACUUUCCAUAACCUUUAUGACGUGGCCAGGGCCGAUCUUCUUGAGUAUUUCGAGAUCCACACGAAAGCUCUUCUAACGGAUGGUGAUCCUUCUGUUCGCCGCGCUUUCUUAGGCUCCGUGUCGAGUCUUUGCGUCUUCUUCGGCAGUACAAAGAUCAACGAGGUCAUUCUGAGCCACCUGAAUACUUACCUCAAUGACAAAGACUGGAUCCUCAAAUGCGCAUUCUUUGAAGCUGUCGUUGGCGUCGCUGCUUACAUUGGCAGCACAAGUCUCGAGGAAUUUAUCUUGCCGUUGAUGGUUCCGUCGCUCACCGACACCGAGGACUUUGUCGUCGAACGGGUUAUUCGAUCCAUGGCGAGUAUGGCAGAUUUGGGUCUAUUCCAACGAUCAACAACUUGGGAGCUGCUCAAUAUUGUAGUGCGGUUCUUUGCUCAUCCAAGCAUCUGGAUCAGGGAAGCCUCUGUUUACUUUGUCGUUACAUGCUCCAAAUACCUAUCAUUCGCAGACAAACAUUCCAUUCUCACGCCACUGAUACGACCAUUUUUGAAAACCAACAUCAUCACCGUGACGGAAGGCGAAAUUCUCGAUGCUCUCAAACGUCCAUUACCAAGGAGUAUAUACGACAUGACAAUUAUAUGGGCUCAAAAGACAGAAAAGGGCAAUUUCUGGAAGGCGGCUAGUCGGGAGAGCACUUUUAGUCUGACUGGUAGCGACGCCAAUAUCGGUAAAAGAUUCCCGAAGAAUGUAUCUCUUACCGCAGUAUCAAAGAAUGAAGAAGAUUCACAAUGGAUAAUAAGAUUGAAAAAUCUUGGUAUGACCCCAGAAGACGAAUUCAAAGUGCUUGUCUUGCGAGAAUACCUGUGGAGAGUUGCUAUGAAAUCGCGCAAAACCUCUGAUGCGACGGGGCCGACCCCAUUGAACGAUAUUUUUACUCUCACACAAUAUGGGAUUACACCACAGACCGUAUUUUUUGACAAAAACCAGGACGUUAGACAACGAAUGGUGCCAGUGGACAAUGUAUCUAGUCCAGCAAAUCAGGAACCGAGAUCUCACACGAUCGCUGACGCACUGCUUGAUGCAUCGACAAAUGUUGAGUCAGCGGCACGGCGCAAGCAUCAGCGAUCAGCAACUCAACGGCCGAAAGAUAGCAAUCCAGCGCGAAGGAGCCUGGCGAUUGCGGGAGGCAUGAGAACCGACUCAGAGGCAGCUUCUACUUCAUCUUCACCGAUAAUUCAGCCAGCUUCACAUGAUUCGUCGACUCCCAACUCAGAUAUAGAGCGAGUGACAACUAAAACUUCUGUGGAUGCGGACAGGGCGUCGGAUAGAAGCAGUAUAAUGACUGAAACCGACUCUCUAUCACGUAUCAACUCCCUGAACAGAAUCGAGAAGAAGUCCGGUGCUAUCAAUCUACUGAAUCGCAAGGAAACGGCCAAAGCUUUCGCUGAGACUAGUAUGAACUCGAUAAAUGCAUUUGGAAAAGUGGAUGUUCAUUCUCAGCAGGCGAAAACUUCUGGUUCGCCUUUGGCAAUGGCCAGGGAUUUGAAUCCAGCUCAACAGCCAGUAACACAGCGGUAUCGCGCCGGACAUUCGUACAAGGGCCGUGACCCGCGCAUUUUGAGGCUGCUAGAUGAUGUGUUUGACGAGAACUACCCCACGGAUCUUUUUGAUCUCGGUCCGUAUGUUAAGGAGAUUGAUUCCCGGCGUCCAAUCCGAAGAGCUAGUGGCGAAGAAAGUGACAAGCCUUGGCGACCUGAAGGUGUGCUCGUUGCACUGUUUGGUGAACAUACUGGACCGAUCAAUCGGGUAGUUGUUGCACCGGACCAUGCAUUUUUUGUGACCGCCUCGGAUGACGGCACUGUCAAAGUCUGGGAUACAACACGAUUGGAGAAGAACUUGACCCCCAGAUCACGACAGACCCAUCGUCAUGCUCCCGGCACCAAAGUAAAAUGCUUGACGUUCGUUGAAAACACCUAUACAUUUGUCAGUGCUGCAACGGACGGGAUCAUCCACGCGGUGAAGGUUGACUACCAGAACAUCAACGAAACAGUACGAUAUGGGAAACUGCAGGUAGUUCGACAGUAUCAGCUACCAGAAGGAGACGAUAGCUCGGUUGAAUAUGCGACGUGGAUAGAACAUUACCGGUCAGAAGCUCAGUCGACGUUGCUCAUCGCUACUAACACAUGUCGCAUCUUGGCACUUGAUAUGAAGACCAUGUUGCCACUGUAUACAUUGCAAAAUCCCGUUCACCACGGCACACCGAAAGUGUUUUGCUCCGAUCGUAAACACAGUUGGCUUAUUAUUGGUACAUCACAUGGCAUCUUGGAUUUGUGGGACUUGCGCUUUAGAGUGAGGUUGAAAGCGUGGGGUCUUCCGGGGGGCACUACGAUACACCGACUGCAAAUACAUCCAACGAAAGGUCGUGGCCGUUGGGUCUGUGUGGCUGGAGGGAGUGUACAUGGGAGUGAAAUCACGGUUUGGGAUGUGGAAAAAGUCCAAUGUCGAGAAGUCUACAGAGCAGCAUCGGCAUCGAUUACGGGAAGCAGCCCGUCUACACCAAACGGUACUCCCAGUAGCCAUCGAACAUCCGUAAUGAAUAAUCUGGCUGCGAUGAACACGGUGACUAAAAGUUACGAACCAUGGCGCGUGGAUGAGGAUCGCCCUGAAGGAAUGCUGAGCCGAUUCGCCAAUACAUCUGCUGCAGGAAUUGAGCCGAAUGUUAACCCAGCAUACCCAAACUCUUCGAGUCUGGGAGAUCCCAACGGCAUAUGUGCUCUGCAUGUAGGAUACGAUAUGCCUGCUGAUGGCAAGGAAAGUACGAAAUGCGGCUUUGCAAUAUCAGCAGGAUCAGAUCGCAAAGUACGGUUCUGGGAUCUCGUUCGGCCGGAGCUAUCGAGUGUUGUCAGUGGCUUGGACUCUUCUUCCUCCGAGGCGGGCGCUGCCGCCAAACCGCGCUACGAGACUGUGCAACCAACUACAAGUCUUACGGUCACGACGGAAUACUGGCCCAACCUCGCGGCAGUUGGUAGCAGUGGUAGCGGCGGACGAAGCGGAAGUUCUUCUGUUAAGAAGGGGCAUAGUGCGAGUGCUUCACGUCCUCCUCGUAGUACAGUGAUUAGUCUUCAGCAGCAGCAAUUGUUGAAGAGUCAUCUAGACUCGAUUCUGGAUGUGGCUAUUCUGAGGGUACCGUAUGGAAUGACCGUGAGUGUGGAUCGGGCUGGGAUGGUGUAUGUGUUUCAGUGA